CCUCGUCAGGCUCCAGCCCCGUCGCGGCUCCUCCAACGGGGUCCCCAAGAAGCAUGGUCUUGCGGGCCCUCCUGGGCUGAAGCCUCCUCUUCCUCCUCCGCUUUUUCCUCUUUGGGCUCAGAUCUGCGCCGCGAUAGCCUUCCUCGACGAGCCAGACGGACCAGUUGCAUGCUGAAGGGAGGCUGCCUCCAUCCAUCCAUCCCUCGCCGCGCGGUUUCUUCCCCUGCCUUCCUUCCUGCCUGUCUUUCCCGGGGAAAGGUGAGGAGGUCCCGGGCCCUCCUCCUCCGCCUCCUCCUCCUCCCGCUGAGGGCCGCCUUCGGAGGAGCCAUGGCUGCCAAGACGCCGAAUGGCCUCGCCAACGGGCACCACAAAAGGGGGCCCCUCCUCGCCAGGAAGAACGGCUGUGUGGCCAAAGGCCAAAGCAAGGAAAACGGUGUAGCAAAUGGAGCUGUUUACAAAAGGCCAUUUAAUGAAUCAUUUGAACAAGCACCUAUGUACGUUGCUGUCUUUACAUUUGUGGGUUUUGGCGUAGGAACGUUAUUUGGCUAUCUGCGAGACUUCUUAAGAGCCUGUGGAUUACAAAAAUGUGUCGGCACAAUAGAACGGGAAGAACAAAAGGAUUUUGUACCACUCUAUCAAGAUUUUGAAAACUUUUAUACAAGAAAUCUGUAUAUGAGAAUAAGAGACAAUUGGAAUCGUCCUAUCUGCAGUGUUCCUGGCCCAAAAUUUGAUCUGAUGGAACGUGUUUCAGACGACUACAACUGGACAUUUAGGUUUACUGGAAGGACAGUCAAGAAUGUUAUCAACAUGGGUUCAUAUAACUACCUCGGCUUUGCAGAAAUUGAGCCCAGUGCUAUAAAAAAUGUGAAGAAAGAGUUAGAUAAAUAUGGCACAGGAACGUGCAGCACCAGACAAGAAAUGGGUAACCUUGAUAAACAUGUGGAGUUGGAAAAAAUGGUGGCACAGUUUCUUGGUGUUGAAGCAUCACUAACAUUUGGCAUGGGAUUUGCUACAAAUGCUAUGAAUAUUCCUGCAUUAGUUGGAAAGGGAUGUCUUAUUUUAAGUGACGAACUUAACCAUUCUUCACUUAUUCUUGGGGCAAGGCUCUCAGGUGCUACAAUCAGAGUUUUUAAACACAACAAUAUACAAAGCUUAGAAAAGCUAUUGAAGGAUGCGGUAAUACAUGGACAGCCUCGAAGCCGGAGAGCAUGGAAAAAAAUUCUCAUUUUGGUAGAAGGCAUUUACAGCAUGGAAGGAUCCAUUGUACGCUUGCCAGAAAUUGUUGCCUUGAAGAGAAAAUACAAAGCCUACCUCUACUUAGAUGAAGCCCACAGUAUAGGUGCUAUUGGCCCAACUGGCAAGGGAGUUGUUGAGUACUUUGGAAUGGACCCCAAUGAUGUUGAUGUAUUGAUGGGAACGUUCACAAAAAGCUUUGGAGCCGUUGGAGGAUACAUAGCUGGCAAAAAGGAACUUGUAGACUACUUACGGGUUCACUCGCACAGUGCUGUGUAUGGUGCAUCUAUGAGUCCACCUGUAGCAGAACAAAUAAUAAGAGUAAUGAAAAGCCUGAUGGGUCUAGAUGGAACCACACAAGGACUUCAGAGAGUCCGCCAGCUAUCAGAAAAUACGAGGUAUUUCAGACGAAGGUUGCAUGAACUAGGCUUCAUUAUUUAUGGCAACGAGGAUUCCCCUGUUGUGCCUUUGCUGCUUUACAUACCUGGUAAAAUUGGGGCUUUUGCAAGACGUUUGUUAGCCAAAAAUAUUGGAGUGGUAGUAGUUGGCUUUCCAGCUACCCCAAUCACAGAAUCCAGGGCUCGGUUUUGUGUGUCGGCUGCUCAUACACGAGAGAUAUUAGACACGGUCUUGAACGCUCUAGAUGAAAUGGGAGAUUUUUUACAGCUGAAAUAUUCCCGGCACUCCAGGUCAUCUCGUCCUGAACUAUAUGACGAAACGAGCUUUGAGCUUGAAGAUUAAGUUUCCCUCCCAUGGAGAAACCGUUAUGAGGAAGAGGGGGACCUAAACAAUCGGAAUGCAUUUCUUCUUUUCUGAGGACAGUUUUUGCUUCACAGUUAACCGAACCAAGAGAAGUACUGUACGUGUUUGUACCAGAUCGGAUUCUGUGUGCAAGAGACUGAAACAUUGCGACAGAUUCCCCUUCCCACCUUCCAGAAAUACGCGUUUUAGUAUUAUUAUUAUUAUUAUUUUAUGCAAAAGACUUUAUUCUAUUAAGUUAAUUGCAACUGUGCCGAGUUUGUUAUGGGCCCUUUUACGACAGGCUCUGGAUAGUUCUGAAUUAUGAUUAUCAUAAACGUUUUCAAAGACUGGCUUGAAAUGUAGUAUGUUGGGUGAAGGAAAAGGAAUUCUUGUUAUCUCCAUUGGUGCUUCUAUACUGUUUUUUGGCAGACAAACUGGGAAGUAGACAUCUCUUGGCCAGUUAUUAACUUAACUGAAGUCUGAAUCAGGGAGACUGGUCACUCAAGAUCCUCCUUAGCAUUAAGUGUUGUUGACAAAAGGACGGGGAAAAUUUGCAAGUGCUGGGGUUUUCUAAAAUGAAACUGUUAAGAGGGUUUUUAAAAAUUAAAUUUGGCAAAAAAAGACUAAAACUACAAAAAAUAUAUAUUUCAAUUCUUACACAGUUGAUGCAUUGAAUUCUUUUAUAAUUGAAUGUAGAAGUUUGCUUCUGUACGCCUUUAAAAAAUACUAGAUCUUAAAGCAAUGCUACAGAUUUUCAAGCACAUUCUACAUAAUGGUUUCAGUUUCCUGUUUGCAACAUUCGUAGCUUUAUGGUAUACAAAAUACAGCUGAUAUUUCCAAGCCCAUGUGUUCUUUGACUGUUUUGCAGGCUUGGUAUAGUAAUAUAUUUGUGAGUAAAGAGCACUUUGACUGUGAGUUGCACAGAAUAUGAUGCUCAAAGAGUUUACAGUUUGUAGCUCUUGCUUCCUUUUAAAUUGAAGGAUCUCUGGUUGUUGAUGUUUCUCUGUGGUGGAAUUAACAGAUUCGGAGAUACUUGGUCUGUGUUCUUAUUUUCUAUGCAAUUUAUGUAUCUGUUUCCUAAAUGUUUAAAACACUAACUGUUUUAGGGCCGUGACCAAUUAUCCAAAAAGGGAAUGAUAGGGACAGGUAAACAUAUUCCCCCCACUUCCUUUGCAUCAGAUGAAUUAGACCAGGACAAAUCUGGUCUUUAGGGUGAAUGAAAAUGGUACCCAAACAGCAACAUCUUAAGACCCUUGUAGUCUGUGUAGAUUUUAAGAAUAGUUGAAA